AACUUUCCCAUUGGCCCUUUCGCUCCACUUUAGCUGACAAACUGACAAUCAUGCCUGGCGCAUGCGCACCACCUGCUUCCGGCCACGACGUGCGGUGUCCAGCUUCUCCGGUCCGGGUGGAAUCCCCUCCCCGGCUCGCACCUUUCUGGCCAGGAUUCCUCUAUGUGCAAUGGCUCCGGGCUCAGAUCUCCACCUUGAAGGGCCGCUCUUGAAGCUGCUACCCUUAGAAGCUAAGGACCGUGGCACCCAGCGCUGUCGCCUGGGUCCCGCCGCCCUCCGCGCCUUGGGCGCGCACUUGGGCUCAGCGGUGAAGGUCUCUCUUCCCGAUGGGGGCUGCUGCCUCUGCACCGCCUGGCCGCGGCGGGAUGGAGCAGACGGCUUUGUGCAACUGGACCCGCUGUGCGCGAGCCCCGGGACGGCCGUGGGCGCGCGAGGUUCUGGGGGUAGCCUCAGCCUGAGCCGCCUGACCCUCGUGUCUUGCCCACCCCUUAGGCGCCUCUCAGUAUGGCCGGUGUUUCGGGAACUGGAGAGCGCGCCCAGUGCCCCAAACACAGCCGCGGUGCUGGAAGCAGCGCAGGAGCUGCUUAGGAACCGACCGGUCUGCCAGGGCUACGUGGUAGCCGCUCCGCCAGGCGCCCCAGGCCCGCUGGCCGCGCUGCACAUCAUCGGCGGGGCCCCCAGCCCGGAUCCGGCCGGGCUAGUCACUCCUCAAACCUGCAUCAGUCUCAGCGAUGUGCCUUUGUCGGAAACGCAACUGCAGCCAGAAGUGCCUUUGGGGGGUCUUUCGGAGGCUGCCGACUCGCUGCGAGAGCUCAUCAGCCUGCCGCUCCGCUACCCCCGCGCCUUGGCGGCGUUGGGGUUGACUGUGCCCCGCGGGGUGCUCCUGUCUGGCCCCUCCGGAGUGGGCAAGACCCAGUUAGUGCGGGCCGUAGCCCGGGAGACGGGCGCUGAACUACUUGCUGUGAGUGCCCCUUCGCUGCAGGGCGCCCGACCCGGGGAGACCGAGGAGAAUGUGCGGCGGGUCUUCCAGCGCGCGAAGGAGCUGGCUAGCCGCAGACCCACCCUUCUUUUCCUGGACGAGGUUGACGCCUUGUGCCCUCGGCGGGGAGGCGCACACCGAGCCCCGGAGAGCCGCGUGGUGGCCCAGGUGUUGACGCUGCUGGACGGCGUCGGUGGGGACCGUGAGGUAGUGGUGGUGGGAUCCACCAAUCGGCCUGACGCGCUAGAUCCAGCGCUGCGCAGACCUGGGAGAUUUGACCGAGAGGUUGUCAUUGGAACUCCCACACUUAAACAAAGAAAGGAGAUUCUGCAAGUGAUUACCUCAAAGAUGCCAAUUUCCAGUCAAGUUGAUUUGAACCUCUUAGCAGAAAUGACAGUUGGCUAUGUUGGUGCUGACCUGACAGCACUCUGCAGGGAGGCUGCCAUGCAUGCUUUGCUUCAUAGUGAACAGAACCAGAACAAUCCAGUGAUUGACAAAAAAGACUUCCUGGAAGCUUUUAAAAAGAUUCAACCCUCGUCAUUUCGAAGUGUUAUUGGACUGGUGGACAUUAAGCCUGUUGACUGGGAUGAGAUUGGUGGCCUAGAAAAUGUAAAAAUGAAGUUAAAGCAGAGCGUUGAGUGGCCUCUCAGAUACCCUCGGGAGUUUGUUAGGAUGGGCCUGACACAACCAAAGGGAGUUCUCCUGUAUGGUCCUCCUGGCUGUGCUAAAACCACACUGGUGCGGGCCCUGGCUACAAGCUGUCAUUGUUCUUUUGUUUCCGUGAGUGGAGCUGAUCUCUUUUCGCCUUUUGUGGGAGAUUCAGAAAAAGUCUUAUCCCAGGUUUUUCAACAAGCAAGAGCAAAUACUCCUGCAAUUGUGUUUUUGGAUGAAAUCGAUUCAAUCUUGGGAUCUCGAUCAGUUGACAAAACAGAAUGUAACGUUCAAGAACGUGUGCUUUCUGUUCUCCUGAAUGAACUAGAUGGCAUUGGAUUUAAGACUACAGAGAGAAGAGGAAGUAAACCAGAUCAACAUGGUAAACAUAAGGAGCUGGAAAAAAAUGAAGAGUUAGAGUGUCAAGAAAUUUUUAAUCGGAGCGUCAUGAUUGUUGCGGCAACAAACAGACCUCAUGUGUUAGAUGAUGCCUUGUUACGACCUGGAAGAUUAGAUAAGAUUAUAUAUAUCCCACCUCCUGACGAAAAGGGAAGGCUUUCUAUUUUGAAAGUCUAUACAAAAAAUAUGCCAGUUGGGCCUGAUGUUUCCUUAGAAAACCUUGCAGCAGAAACCUGUUUUUUCUCUGGAGCUGAUCUUAGAAACCUCUGCAAAGAAGCUGCCUUGUUGGCUCUACAAGAAGAUGGACUAGACACGACCACAGUGAAACAGGAACAUUUUCUAAAAUCACUUAAGACUGUACAACCAUCCUUAAGCCAGAAAGAUUUGACUUUGUAUGAAAAUUUAUUUCAGAAUCAAGUAUUUUCUAACUUAGAGGAUAUUUAAAAGCAACUUUACAUAUCUACUCAAGGAUUGAGAUGUGAACUUGCAAAAUUUAACAUCUUAACACUUUUGUAGUUUGUGUAUUUCCUGUAAAUUGAAAAAUGCUUGUGCCCAAUACUAAGUUUCAUCUUAUUUCUGAAAAGUUGUUAUAUAGAUGUAUGUAUAUUGAUUUUUUAGUAGUGUAGUAAUAGUUUUUGGUUGAUUGCUUUUUUAAACUUUAUAUGUUGAAACAAUCUCAUACCUACAGAAAAAUUUCAAGAUUAGUGCCCAAAACUCAUGUAUGCUUUUAUAAUUCUUUUUUUUCUUAAAAAAAAAAAAGAUUUAUUUAUUUAUACAUACAGAUUUGGGAUACAGG